AGUUUAUUGUGAGUCCCCAGCCAGAUGGUCACGUCCAAUUCAGCUUUCAGUUACGCUCUUUGUAGAGACCUUUGGCUUGAGCAAGUGAAUACUAUCUCUUUUAUAGAAAACAUAUGUAGCCCGUUGCGUAUUCGGCGGUUUGAUAACGUGUUGUUGACUUGAGAAGCUAACAACUGAUUUCAAACUGAGGGAAAGGGCAGAAGGAGGAUUCAUGAAAGUGUGAAACAUUUUGGAAUGGGACGCGUCCAGGGGGAUUCUAGCCGCUCUUCUAAUCACGACACCGCAACAAGGAAAAAGUAGCCAAGAGAACCAGGAUCCAGUCAAAUUAGAGUUUAAGCAGCGCGUUAGACGAGGAAAAGAGGGAAGUGAGACCAAACCGAGCCUCCUGACUCUCUGCUUCACUUCAGACUUGACCAGCAGCUGCCGCAGGCUCCCACGGACACCAUGGUUUCUGCUGCUGUGAGGAGAUGAGUGUGUGUGCCUCAACCGUGCAGCAAUGACCAGGCGAGCGUAGGCUGCGUGGCUGUCUAAAACAACCUCAAGUGUUUCUAUUGUCUAAAACCAGCUCGUCCAGAAGAUGGGGCAUCCUCCUCUGGAAUUCAGUGACUGCUAUCUGGACAGUCCGGAGUUCAGAGAGACUCUCAAGUGUUAUGAACUGGAGCUGGAGAGGACCAGCAAAUUUCUCAAGGAGCUGAUAAAAGAUGGCAACAGUGUUAUCACUGCAAUUAAGGGAUAUUCUGUGGCAGUGCAGAGGUUUUCUCAGACUCUCAGCGGUUUCCAGUUUGCUUUCAUCGGCGACUCCCUGACAGAUGAUGAGAUAAACAUUGCUGAGUCGUUCCAGGAGUUCGCUGGUCUCCUGCAGGAAGUGGAGCAUGACCGGAUGAUGCUGGUUCAGAACGCCUCUGAUCUUCUCAUCAAGCCGUUGGAAAAGUUCAGAAAAGAGCAGAUAGGAGUAACAAAAGACAAGAGAAAGAAGUUUGAGAAAGAGAGUGAAAAAUAUUACUCCCAGUUAGACAAACACCUGAAUCUCUCUGCCAAGAAGAAAGAGAGUCAACUUCAAGAGGCUGAUGAACUCUUAGACAAAGAGCGUGUGAACUUCUACGAAUCGUCAGUGGAGUACGUGUACCAGAUCCAUCAGGUGCAGGACAGGAAGAAGUUUGAUGUGGUGGAGCCUGUGCUGGCGUUUCUUCACAGCAUUUUAACGCUCAACAACCUGACAGUGGAAAUGACUCAGGACUUCAUGCCUUAUAAGCAGGAGCUGCAGCUCAGCUUGCAGAAUACAAGAAACCACUAUGAGAGCACUCGCGAGGAGAUGGAGGAGCUGAUGAAAAGAAUGAAACAUCCAUCCCAGAUCUGUAAAAUGCACAAUUUUAUCCCGAUGGAGGGAUAUCUGUACUGUCAGGAGAAGUGGGCUUUGGGUGUGUCAUGGGUCAAAUAUUAUUGCAAGUAUCACAAGGAGGGAAGACUGCUGGUCAUGGUGCCUUGUGAACAGAAGACUACAACUAAACAGGGCCCGACUCAGCUGACGCUGAAAUCCUGCAUCCGCCGAAAGACAGAGUCCAUAGACAAGCGCUUCUGCUUUGACGUGGAAACUAAUGAGAGAAACACACCUGUCACUUUCCAGGCUCUUUCGGAGGGGGACAGGAAGUUGUGGAUGGAGGCCAUGGAUGGAAAAGAGCCCAUCUAUCAUUCCCCAAUUCACAAGCAAGCCGAAAUGGAGCUGAAUGAAGUUGGAUUCAAGUUUGUGCGAAAAUGCAUCAACUAUGUUGAAACAAAAGGAUUGACACAAGAAGGAGUGUACAGAACAGUUGGCAGCAACAUCCAAGUGCAGAAGCUUUUAAAUGCCUUCUUUGACCCCACAAACCCAGGAGAUGUGGACCUCCACAGCAGCGACUGGGACGUUAAAACUAUCACAAGUGCAUUAAAGUUUUACCUGAGGAGUCUCUCUGAACCUCUGAUGACCUACAGUCUACACAGGGACCUCAUGUGUGCUGCAAAGUCCGAUAAUCUGGACUUUAGACUGAGUGAAAUUCACUCACUUACGUACAAACUACCAGAGAAGAAUCGGGAGAUGCUGGAGAUGCUUAUUAAACACUUGGUCAGUGUGUGCAGUCACAGCGAUGAAAACCUCAUGACUCCCUCCAACAUGGCCGUCAUCUUUGGACCCACGCUGAUGAGGGCGAAGGAGGAGACUGUGGCGGCCAUGUUGGAUAUCAAGUUCCAAAACAUCGUUGUUGAGAUCCUGAUUGAGGAGUACAAAAAGAUCUUCAGUUGUUUGCCGGAGGACAGCACCGCCCCACCUGUCCCUCCUCCACGGAUCACCCCGAGAAAGCGGCAGCCCAUCACAAUCUCCAAGCGGCCGCCUCGUGUUUAUCAAGCUCUUAGUCACGACCACUUCCAGAACGCAGAGAAUGGCCAGGAUGACAGCUCCAUCAGUGACGUCUCAGUGAGCCCUGUUCCCCUGCAGCGGACAAAACCUGUAAACUGUCCUCCAAUGAUUCCAAAAGAACCUCCUCCCAGACAAGUGCUGAUGCCCAAACCGGCUAACCGUCUGGACAGACAUUCAGACGCUGACUCUGGGAAGGCGGACGAUGCGAGGCAAAGGCCAGAUCCCUCUUCAGCUGCAAAUGGGGAGUCAGGGGUCUACGUGAGCAGAGUACCAUCCUUCCAGGGCAGAAGACCACCUCUGAAGGGAACAUCGACCAACAGAGAAGGAGAUUUUGAUGGACCGACCAGAACAAGGUCCACAGAAAAACCUGCCAUUUGUAGACCUCCAGUCAGGCCUCCUGAGCCCCCCUCCAGAUACCCAGCUCCACAAAAGCCCCAGAGUGCAGCCAGCAGCGAGGGCACGCCCACAUCCUAUGUUGCCUCUAAAACAAAGUUUUUUGAGAAUGCCUCCAGACAAGUUGGCAGUCCACCGACCUCUCCAUUACCAUCAGGAGCGACAAAUGUAAAAAAAGAGAAUUGAAGUUGAGGAGAUUCAGACCACAUCAUGUGACCUCUACAUGUGCUGUUUGGAGCACACUGAGCUGGAGGGAGUCGCCACUAAUGAACUCAGUUGAUUUUGAUCUUAACUGAUAGACUGAGGACAUGGCUCUCAAUAGACGUGAAUUUAAUGAUAAGAAUUGUGUCGUAAGGCAACACAGGAGCAAAGUGAAAUUUAAAUGAGCUUGUGAUGCAACUGGCUCGGUGUUUGAUCAUCAUUCCAAAGUUGGGAUGGGGUAAAAGUACUUUUUUUUUCCUUUCCGCACCAAUCAGCAUUUCUGUCAGAUAACAUUGGAAUAUUUAGUAAUUUCACAGUGUUAAACAGUUUUAAUGACUCUUGGCCAAUUCUACAUCUGGUAACUAACUGUUGUAACUGGUUAUGACUUGUCUACAUUCUUAACAUUUUUUUCAACAGUGUGAAAUGGACGUCCCAAAGAAGACUAAUUGAUUAAAACUGACUCAAUCAGUUUAAUCAUUAUUAAUCUGAAAAUGUGACACAUUAGUCUUAAUAUUAACUUCUAGAUUUUGUGGCCAUGUAAAGCAACUGAGACAAAAACUGUUGCUUGUUGCUUCAGUGGAUCUUCUUAAAGAAUUUUUAAAAAUAGCAUGUUAAAAAAAAGACAUUACGAGGAAAAUGUAAUUUCUUUCAAAGAACUGGAAAAAAAAAUCUUAUUAAGCUACUUCAGUUAAGUGAUUACAUCUGUGAAAGCUAUUUUAGUCCAUUGAAAAGAUGAUUUAAAUAUUAAUUAUCUCAGUUGAGAUAUAACGCAUCACUCCAACAUAAGUCACUUUUUAAAAAGCAUGAAAAAAGUAUUUGCUAUAAAGUAUUAGUCUGUAUUACAGUCAAUGUAGUUAGAAUUUACACUGAAUAUACAGCAAUGCUAGUGUUAGUUUCAUAAAGAGUUUUAAAAAAAAAAGCAGAUUGACAAGUUUACAUUCCCUCACUUUUUACCUCUUGUAGGUAGGUCAGGUUGUACAGGAGAGUCCAUGACAUUUACCUAAAUUUGUUGCACCUCAAAUGAACUGUUGGGAUUUAAAAGCAGGUCAAAAUUCAUUGUUGCAAUAUAUGAGAAUAACACUCCAAUUUUAAUUUUUACUUUUUAUUUUGUUGUUCAUAAAAAUGAUAAUUCUAUUGAUUUUACGCUUAUUUUUUAUUUUUUAUUUUUUGGAAUAACCCAACUUGAAAAAUGGUUCUCUAAAAGGGAAAUAAACACAAAGCGUUCUUAACUCGACUCAUGAAUAUUUUCAAAAAUCAGCUGUGUAUUAUUAUUCAAUUCUGUGUCGCUGCAUGGUGUUUUGGUUUUUUUUUCUUGUCAGUUUUUUAGUGUGCUGAUGUUUGAAAUCAGUCUUACGACUUCUGUUUCACAUUUGCACUAAAUUAAUGUUUUUUUUUCUCAGUGUAUGCAUUGUCUCUCUCAGAACAUUGCAAAACAAUUAAAAGUUUCUUUAAAAGAUGAA